UAACUGAUUUUAUUAUCAUUUCAUUCCCAAUUUAACCAAAAUAACAGUCCCCAUUUCCCCUCUUCUUCUUCUUAAAUUCUUCCACUUCUCACUCUGUUUCUCUCUCUUGAUAACUGCGAGAAACUCGCUCAUAUAAACGAGUCGCGACUCGGGAAAAAUCUAAAACUAACUCAGUUAUAUCAGAUUGGAUUGUACAGAUCAUAAGUUUUAAUUUUUGGGUUAAUUUUGUAAAUGCUCGUUUAUGAAGCCUCCCUGGCAAAUUCCGAUUAUAGCGCUGUUAUAGAUUUUCUGUCUGAUUUUUACGCGGUGAAUGUGGAUUAUGGAUAUUACUGAGGUUGAAGAGAAUCUAUUUGCAGCAAGUGAUGCCAAGUUACAUGGAGAGAUGUGUAAGGCACUGUCUGCAAUCUAUUGCAAAAUCUUGUCAAUUUUCCCUUCUCUGGAAGGUGCACGACCCAGGAGUAAAUCAGGAAUCCAGGCAUUAUGUUCAUUGCAUAUAGCUCUUGAAAAAGCCAAGAACAUUCUUCAGCACUGCUCAGAAUGCAGCAAACUUUAUUUGGCUAUAACUUGCGAUUCUGUGCUUUUAAAAUUUGAGAAGGCAAGAUCUGCUCUUGUAGAUAGUCUUAGGCGCGUUGAAGAUAUUGUCCCACAAUCAAUUGGUUGUCAGAUUUUGGAGAUUGUAAGUGAAUUGGAGGGUAUUAUCUUCUUGCUUGCUCCAUCAGAGAAGCAAGUUGGCGAUGAAAUAAUUUCAUUGCUUCAGCAGGGGAGAAAAUUUGAUGAUUGUCCUGACAAUAAUGAGCUAGAAUCUUUUCAUCAGGCAGCCACAAAACUUGGUAUUACCUCCUCCAGGGCAGCUCUUACUGAGAGAAGAGCUCUUAAGAAACUCAUAGAAAGAGCUCGGGUGGAGGAAGACAAACGGAAGGAAUCAAUUGUGGCUUAUCUCUUACAUCUGAUGAGAAAGUAUUCAAAAUUAUUUAGAAGCGAGCUCACAGAUGACAAUGAUUCACAGGGUUCAACGCCUUGUUCACCCACUGUUCUCAAUUCUUUUGACGAGGCUGUCAACGGCCAUGCCUUCGACCGGCAGCUGUCAAAGCUCGGUUCUUUCAAUUUCAAGCCCAAUAAUAGGAAAUCUGGAAAUAUAUCUGUUCCACCAGAAGAAUUAAGGUGCCCAAUAUCUUUGCAGCUGAUGUAUGAUCCAGUCAUAAUUGCAUCCGGUCAAACAUAUGAGAGAAUCUGCAUUGAGAAAUGGUUCAGUGAUGGCCAUGACACCUGCCCAAAGACUCAACAGAAGCUCUGCCAUCUUUGUUUGACACCUAAUUAUUGUGUCAAAGGUCUUGUUACUAGUUGGUGUGAACAGAAUGGAGUUCCUGUUCCUGAUGGCCCACCAGAUUCUCUUGACCUCAAUUAUUUUAGGUUGUCAUUGUGCCAGUCAGAAUCUGCAAAUUCGAGAUCAGUAGAGAGCAUAAGCUCUGGAAAAGGGAUCAAGGUUGUUCCUUUAGAGGAGAACUGUACUAUUGAGGAGUCUGAACAUAAUGAAAUGGAAAAUUCAAAUCCAGAGCAGGAAGAAGUUCCUUUAGAGGAAAACCAUGAGGAGGAUAUGUUUCAGAGGUUUCAAAUUUUUUUAACCAUUCUGAACAAAGAGGGAAACUUGAGAAAAAAGUGUAAGGUAGUGGAAAAGAUAAGGCUUCUGCUGAAAGAUGAUGAGGAGGCCAGGAUUUGUAUGGGAGCCAAUGGAUUCGGCGAAGCGCUGUUGCGCUACCUCGAGUCAGCUGUUCAUGCAAAGAAUGCAAUUGCUCAGGAAAUAGGAGCCAUGGCUCUCUUUAAUCUUGCUGUCAACAAUAAUAGAAAUAAGGAAAUGCUAUUGGCGUCUGGCGUUAUCCCAAUGCUGGAGAUGAUGAUCUCCAGCUCCGAGUCCCAUGGAGCAGCAACAGCCCUCUAUUUGAAUCUUUCAUGCCUCGAAGAAGCGAAGUCCAUCAUAGGGUCAAGCGAGGCUGUUCCAUUUCUAGUCAAGAUCCUUCAAGGGGAAGAUGAACCCCAAUGCAAAAUGGAUGCCCUCCAUACCCUCUACAAUAUCUCCUCCCAAGCCUCCAAUAUACAGAACCUCCUUUCAGCUGGCAUCACCAGCGGUCUCCAAUCUCUUCUUGCAGCCCCUGGUGAUCUUUCUUGGACGGAAAAAUUGAUAGCAGUGUUGAUAAAUUUAGCUUCAAGUAAAUCAGGAAAAGAAGAAAUGGUAUCUACCCCUGGCCUUAUUGGCGGUUUAGCAACCAUAUUGGACAUGGGAGAGCCUAUUGAGCAAGAGCAGGCGGCCUCAUGCCUUUACAUUUUGUGCAAUGGGAGUGAAAACUGCAGUCAGUUGGUCCUACAAGAAGGGGUAAUCCCUGCCCUAGUCUCCAUUUCCGUGAACGGGACCACGAGAGGGAAAGAGAAAGCCCAAAAACUUUUGAUGCUGUUCCGUGAGCAAAGGCAAAGAGAUCCAGCUCCUCAAUCAUGUGGUGAGGUGCGAUUUCAGCGUGCCGAAAGCAGUUCCAAGGCCAUGCCGCCUCCGGAAUCAAAUCCACUAUGUAAAUCGGUUUCACGAAGGAAGAUGGGAAAGGCUUUAAGCUUCUUUUGGAAGAGCAAGAGCUAUUCCGUUUACCAGUGCUAAACGCGAUAUUGUAAAUUUCCACUGUAUCUACUAUAUCCCUCUUUUCUUUUAUCCACUCUCCAUGGGCGUUUUUUAAUUUUUGUUUUUUCAUAGAGAAAAAAGAGAUGUACAGGCCCAUGUUAGCAAUGGAAUUUAUUUUUUCCUCUUCUUGUUUUCCUUUGCCUUCUCUAUAUUUUGUUAGGAAUACGUGUACCCUAAAUUUCAUUGUAAUUGAAGCUUUAGUGAUUAUUAACCUUCAUUAUGCAACAA